AUGACACCAAGACGCGUAAAAGACGUGUCCUUUGGCGCGUUUCUUAAGCUUUUCCACUCCGGGAAGACCGUCUACGGCGACUACUUCAACCACCUCAUUCCCUGGUACGAGAUUAGAAAUCAACCAAACGUGCUGUUCAUUACGUACGAGCAGCUGAAGAAGAACACGGGUGAGGUAGUUCUCAAGAUUGCCGAUUUUCUCGGCGAUGAACAUGGUAGGGCCUUACGCGAGGACAAGCAGUUUUACGAAAAGGUGUUGCAGUCAUCAUGUCUUGGAAACAUGAAGAAAAUCUUCGACUACACCCCUGUUGAGCGUGUGAAAGCACUGGGAGAACUGCCGCCCAGCAAAUUGCUUAUAUCUCUGGAGUCUUUCAAGGGAUUGAGAGUAGACAAGAAUGAAAUGCACGAGGGUACCACUUUCGUGCGCAAGGGGCACAUUGGAGAGUGGCGCACUCACUACACAGCAGAGUUUUUUACCACGACUAAAGCCUGGAUAGCGCAGAAGACCAAGGGGUGUGACGUAAUGAACUUGUGGAAAGACUUGGAUCUUCCGUAA